AUGCAGGAAAGGGCUCCAUUGUUCCAACGCAAACCUUUCGUAGUGCUAUGGAAUGCACCGACCAGGCUGUGCCAGCUGCCCAAGGUGGAUUUAGAGCUCAGGACUUUUAAAAUUCUUGCAAAUCCCUAUGACGACUUGAGUGGCUCCACUGUGACAAUAUUUUAUCACAAUCGCUUGGGCUACUACCCCUAUUUAAAGAACGCCGCUAAGCCCAUCAACGGAGGAAUACCACAGCACGGAAACCUUUUCAAGCACAUCGCCAAAGUCAAGUCUGAUCUCAAAACCAUACCUACGAACCAAUUCCAGGGACUUGGAGUCAUUGACUGGGAAGACUGGAAGCCUCAGUGGAUUAGGAACGGGGGCACUAGAAAUAUGUACAAAAUUUGGUCUCUCGAACCUAUUAGAAAGGAGAAUCCUCAAUGGUCCAGUUACAGAAUCAGGAGAGCCGCUAAGGAAGCAUUUGAAAAGGCAGGGGAGACGUUUAUGAAGACCACCCUUAUCCAAACUAGAAGAAUGAGACCAAAGGGACUCUGGGGUUACUAUCUAUACCCAGAAUGCCAUAAUUAUAAUUUCAUGGCUCAUCCAGAUAAAUACACAGGAAAAUGUGAAAAGAUUGACUUGAAAUUGAACGAUCGCCUGCUUUGGCUAUGGAAAGAAAGCACUGCUCUUUAUCCUUCCGUUUACCUGCAUCACAAGCUGCAGUCAAAUCGGAACGCUCAGAGAUUUGUGCGCUAUCGGGUUAUGGAGGCAAUGCGCGUUGCUACCAUGGCUAGAAAGGACUAUGCCUUGCCUGUUUAUGUGUAUUCUAGGCCAUUUUAUGCAAGAACGUUCAAUUCUUUGACAGAGGAAGACUUGGUGAAUACUAUUGGUGAGAGUGCAGCAUUGGGGGCCGCUGGAGUCGUCCUGUGGGGAAACCAUCGUAUGCCCUAAGUAA